AUGCGCUCGGCCAAAGCAGUCAUCUCAGAGAAACUCGCUCGACGAAGUCCUACGGCGUUCAAGAUGUCGCCUGGAACAAUGAUCGCAAAUAACAGAUCGCCACUGCACACCCUCACGUCGCUCAAACGAUGGUCAAUCGCGAAUAAAGACCUACCAGCUAUUUCUCAGAUCCGUACAAUCCAUGUAUACGACUUUGACAACACAUUGUUCUUGAGCCCAUUACCGAACCCGCAAUUAUGGAAUGGUUCAACGAUUGGAUUUCUACAGGCGUGGGAGACGUUCGCAAAUGGUGGUUGGUGGCAUGAUCCCAAUAUUCUUUCAGCUACUGGCAAAGGCAUGGAAAUCGAAGAGCCUCGCGGAUGGGAUGGAUGGUGGAACGAACAGAUUUUUCGCCUUGUAAAACUCAGCAUGGAACAAAAGGAUGCGCUCACUGUUCUUCUGACCGGCAGAGGAGAAGCCAACUUCGCAGAUCUCAUCAAGCGCAUGGCGGCCAGUAAAGGCCUGGAAUUUGACCUUAUUGGACUGAAGCCAGAAGUAGGCCCUGCAGGUCAGCGGUUUUCAUCAACAAUGACUUUCAAGCAACAAUUCCUCGAAGAACUUGUUUAUACUUAUGAUGAGGCUGAGGAGAUCCGAGUCUAUGAGGACCGCGUAAAACACGUAAAAGCAUUCCGAGAUUUCUUCGAAGUCAUGAACCGGAGCCUCCAGGACGGCCAGGCCCCUGUCUCUCGGAAGCCGCUCAAUGCUGAAGUGAUCCAAGUAACAGAAGGAUGCACCUAUCUUGAUCCUGUAACCGAGACUGCCGAGGUGCAGCGCAUGAUCAACUCGCAUAAUCUGGCCAACCGCAAUCCAUCAUUGAACAAGACCAAGUCUCCUUACGCAAGACUGCGUAUCAAGAGGACCGUAUUCUACACAGGAUAUUUGAUUUCACAAAAAGACUCUCAUCGCAUAGUCCAAGAUCUUCUGAGUCAGAUUCUUCCCCAUGGUCUUACUGAAUCGAAUGACCUGAAAUACAUGGCUAAUAGCAUCCUUAUUACGCCUCGCCCGGCUUCUCGCCCUAUUUUAGACAAAGUCGGCGGCAUGGGCAAGAAACUAAACUGGCAGAUUACUGGAACUGGUGUUUUCGAAAACAGAAUCUGGGCUGCUCGAGUUGCUCCGGUUCCACCGUCGGCGAAAUUCCACACUGAGAAUCCCUUGCCACUGAUCGUUCUGGCUUGUCGUAAAGGUUCACGUCCUGCAGAUGCAGGCAAAAUUCAAAAUUGGCAGCCUGUUUCGUCCGAAAUGGCCCUUUCAUUUCAGACCGUGGUGGGAGAGAAGGUUGUCCUGAGAGUAGAAGAGGACAAUCCCAAUGAGGGUGAAUGGGAGAGCCAAUUCAUGAACAAGAGCCAUAAGAGACGCCACCAGCAAGAAAAAGAUGAAGACAUUUUGUAUCCCCAAUCAGGACAAGGCAGCGGCUAUGAGGCACAAGGUUCCGUCCAAGCUCAUGGCUAUCAUCCUUAUCAGCGCCCAGGUAAUGACAUCCGACAUCAAAAUGAAGACGGCCCUCGUCGAAACACUCAACGUGGUCGUGGUCGCGGCAAUGCUCGUGGACGGGGUGGUUCCGCCCGUGGAGGUCGUGGCCGUGGUCGUGGGGGUCGCGAGACUGGAUCAAACCCAUAUUACAAGUCUCUCGAUGACCAGACAAGUGGGUCAUAUGAUGGGCCUAGCAAUGGCGGUGGCGGGCCCGGGGGGUUUACGAUGGACUACUGA